AUGGCUGUCAAAUCUAACAGCCCGAAUGUUAAGUUUUCGAUAAUGGCAAUUAUUAAAGAAAUGUAUAAAUGGGAUGGGUUGAAGGUCGUUUUUACUAAUCAAGGAGUUUGUGUUUUUGAUAAGUCCAAUUCUCAGGAUGACUUACGUAAUGUCAAAGAUGAUGCAUUUAGUGCUUCUAUUUCGAAGGUUAUUUGUGAUAAUCAUCAAGUUCAUGUUUCUGAGAAGCUCAUUUCUAAGGAUGGUGCUGGUAAUAUGAAAUAUGAUGCUAUUGUUGCACCUAUGUAUGAGGUUGCUUCUAAUAGUAACGAAAAUGAUGGUGUUCAAAAAUGUGUAUCUAAGGAAAAGGAUGUGGAAGAUAGUGACAAAUGUGACAAUACACCUAUCUCCAUAUGUGGUUUAGAAGAUGGUGAAGAAAGUGAAGAAGUUUGUGCUGUUAUUGAAGUUGAGUCUUCUGAAAAAUCGUAUAUUGGAUCCUCAAUAACACCAAUGAAGCGUCAAAUUCCAUGA